GAUCCAACGUGGCCGCUAACUCCGGGCCGGAAGCGGAAGUGACGUCACGCACACCGACUCCCCCCUUUUUCUCGGGGCUCCGGGACCUUCUCGGCGGUCGUCCGAGGGCGCUCCGCUCGGCUCGAACAGGCUUUCCGCCAUUGGCAUCACGGUGAGACACUCGCUGCAUCGUCCAGGCUCGGACCGGGCGGUUCUGUCUGCUGCAGCCCAGCUUUGGCCGAAAGGACUUCUAGAUCUUUACAGAACAGGAUAUUUUCUGUGUCCUUCCCUGCUCUGCUCAUGCCUACCACAGGAAUAGGACUUCCUAAUAAUUUGCUGAAAGAAUUAAAGAAUAAGCCAGACCUGAAAUAAACUUCCAGUACCUACAGUAAAUGAAAUAGAAGAGGACUCCAUAUAACCCUGUAUUAAGAGGAAUGGAGAUUGCCUCUGCCCACUUAGAUUCAUAAGCUGUCCCGAAGUGAUCUUGGCAUCAGGGAAGGGAGUGUUCAGGCACAUUUCACCAUCAGCAUCACGGGAUGGCAGCCAUUGAUUUGUCCCAUGGCCUUCUUUCUAGAGAGCCUAUCUACAUCUAUGAAGAAAACACAGAAGUAGAAGGGACAGUGACUGACAACCAGGCAGAUUGUUACCAGGAUGCAGUGACCUUCGAUGAUGUGACUGUGGAGUUCACCCCAGAUGAGUGGACUUUACUGGACCUGACUCAGAGGAACCUAUACAGAGAGGUGAUGCUGGAGAACUAUGAAAAUUUGACCUCAGUAGGAUGUCAGUUCUUCAUUCCUAGUCUGACUCCCUGGUUAAAACAAGAAGAGUUGGAGACAGUGGAAAGCACAGUCCCUCAACAAUUGGAAUUACAACCUAGAAUUGACGAUUCAGAACUUCAGAAUUAUUUUAAGAUGCAAAGUUCCAGUGAACUAGAAAUGGUGGGUGAUUCAUCCCUUCCUCAGCAGUCAGGAAACCACAGUGAAGAGGACCUUUGUGACUCUAAGCCAGGUGGAGAAGUGUUGGGUGAACAAUUAUGUUUUAACACAGAGGUGAGCAUGCAGAGCCAAGGAUACACUUCUGAGUGUAACUGGUAUGGGAAAGACAUUCUUUCUUUGCUCAAGGAAACCUCUACUGGACAGAAUGUUUCUGAACUUAAUCAGUGUGGAAAAAUCUUCAGUCUGACUCCAAACAUCAUGUACCCAAGCACUAGCACAAAUGAGAAACCCUUUGAAUGCACAGACUGUGAGACAGUAUUUUUUAAUCAGUCAUACUUUCAGACAGAUAUGAGGCCUCACAAUGGAGGAGAACCCUAUGACUGGAAUAAAUAUGGGAAUGGUUUUAUUCAUCCCACAAGCUUUGCUAUGCAUCUUCCGAUUCUCAAUGCAAGAAACCCCUACAAAUUUGAGGAAUGUGGAAAGGACUUUCAGUAUUUUGCAUGCCUUAAUAAUCCCAUGGGAAUGUGCACUGGAGAAAAAUUCUGUGACUGCAAGGAAUGUUGGAAAGCCUUCACGGUUUCCUCACACCUAACUCAGUAUGUAUCAAUUCAUACUGAAGAAAAAUCCAAAGUAUGUAAGAUAUGUGGGAAGUCCUUUGCUAAUUAUUCUCGACUUUCUGCACAUGUAAAAACUCAUACUGAAGAAAAGCCCUUUGUAUGCAAGGAGUGUGGGAAGGCCUUUAAAAAUGUGUCAUACCUUAAUGAUCACGUUAGAAUUCACACUGGAAUAAAAUCAUACAAAUGCAUGGAAUGUGGGAAAGCCUUCCUUCGAUGGUCAGGCCUUACUGAACACAUAAGAGUUCACACUGGGGAAAAGCCUUACGAAUGUAAGGAAUGUGGAAAAACCUUUUCUAGAUCUACUCAGCUUACUGAACAUAUAAGAACACACACUGGAAUCAAACCUUAUGAAUGUAAGGAGUGUGGGAAAGCCUUCACUCAGUACUCAGGCCUUGCCACACAUGUACGAAUUCAUAGUGGAGAGAAGCCCUUUGAAUGUAAGGAAUGCGGGAAGGCCUUUACUAGGACCUCUGGUCUGAUUCAUCAUGUGAGAACUCACACAGGAGAGAAGCCUUUCGAAUGUGUUCAUUGUGGGAAAACCUUCAUAACUUCCUCACAUCGCACAAAACAUCUGAAAAUUCACAGUGGCGAAAAGCCCUUUGUGUGUAAUAUAUGUGGGAAAGCAUUUAUAUAUUCCACAUCCCUUAACAUUCAUAUGCGAACCCAUACUGGAGAGAAGCCCUAUAUAUGCAAGCAGUGUGGGAAAGCAUUUGCUGUUUACUCACGUCUAAGGAAACACAGCAGAGUUCACACUGAAGAAAAACCCUAUCAAUGUGAGGGUAUGGGUGUUGCUAUUUAGCCCAUCUGUUGUUGCCACCUUUAAAUAUUGACAGUGACACCAAAGAUCAUCAGAUUAGUCUUAACUGCUUUGUGUGGGUUCUAAUGCUUCACACUGGCUUUACACACCAUCCUGAUUUUAUGAAAUAGGAUAAUUUAGGUGCCCCCUCAAACUUUUCUUCUUUUGGGCAGUGCUGAGAAUUGACCUAGAACAUCACACAUGCUAGGCAAGCACUCAAUCACUGAGCUACAUCCCUGGAACCUUUUUCUGGAUGUCUUGAGUCUGAGCAUUUGUGGGUCAUAAAUGAGGCCAGUAGACAAGAUGGCCUCAUUCUGAUGGUUGACUCUGUUAUGAAAUAAUUAAACACAUUUGAUCCUUUUGUUGGUUAGUGGCUGCCAGUGUGUUUUGUUAAUGUGAAAAUUCACCACAAGCCAAAUUAAUAUAAGACACUGGUGUAUUUCGGAAAGACACAAUCCAGGCAGCUAUUCUGACCCCAUUGAUUCUGAUGAGCAUACCAAGAAAUAGUCCUUAUCCAUUCUUGUUAGCUAGUCUAUUUACAGAUGUUAUCCCCGUGACCCUAUAAAUAUGUUCAAACUCAAAAUCCACCUUUUGGAUCUAUUUUGGGUAAUUUUGUUCAUAUAAUCCAAUGUCUGUUCCUCAGUUUGGUUGAGAUUGAUCUGAGGAUUGAGCUGAGGGUGUUGUGGGUGCUAGGUAGAUAUUCUGCCACUAAGCUAUAUCCCUAUCUGGCUCUCAGUUAUUGUAAUGUUGAUCAGCUGAGAGUUUUUCAAGGUACAGUUCUGUUUUGUUUAAUAAUUCCUUCUUAGCUUCAGUGUCUCGCCUUUUAUAAUUUACUAAAAGCACUCAGGAGGAACCAAGUUGCUCCUUUUGAACACUUUAGUUACAGGUCUCACAUAAAUUUUCUGUUUUAUCACUCUCAAACUUCCACACAAAAUGCAAGAAUAUAGUUCUCCAAGGUUCAUGACCAUUGCAUUAUCACUGCUUAGUUUUUUUUCAUGUUCUAGUAACAUGUUCCUCUUUCCUAAGGGGUAACUUCUACCUAUCACUCAGUUUCAAAGCUACUUGCAUUUUUUUUUAAAACUGCAAUGCCCUAGUACCACAAAACACCAUAGUAGCACUGGCAAAAUGGCUUAUAAAGUAAAGGUGCUUUACCUGGUUUCAAUCAAAUCAGGAACUGAGUUCGAUACCAGGGACGUACAAAGUAAAAGGAGAGAAUGGACUGCUACAAGUUGUCCUCUACUUCUGCAUGAAUACCACAUUUUGUACACACACUUACAUACACAAUAAAUAUAACACAAAACCAACAGAAGCCAAGUUGCUUUAAAAUUCACUUUAAAAGAAACGAAAUUUUAGGUUAGCAUAGUAUUGGGUUCCAUUAUGACAUUUUGGAUAAAAUUUUAGGGCUGUGGGUUUAGCUCAGUGGUAAUAUUCCUUGCCUAGCAUAUGCAAAUUUAAGUUUUAUCUCCAGCCGUGGACAGAUAAUAUACAGCAAUUUAUUCUCUCAUAUAAGGAAGACAGCAUGGGAGCUAGUUAAAUGGUUCAGAGGGGAAAGUUCUUGCCAUGCAAACAUGAGAACCAUAUUUGGUUCCCCGGAACCCAUCUAAGUGCCAGGUGGGCAUGGAGGCCCACCUGUAAUCCCAAUGCUUGCAAAGCAACAUGGGAAUCUUCAGAUGAUUUGGGUAGCUAGGUUACUAGAAUUUAUGAGCUCCAAGUUCAGCAAGAGAUGCUGACUGCUAAAAUAAAUAAAAUGGAAAGUGAUUGGGGACACCUGACAUUAUCUUUUGGCUCCCACAUGCCACGUGCAAAUGUGUGAACAUGCCAGCAUGCACAUACACACACAUUUAAAAAAAAUCAGCAUGUUUGACUUCUGGUGCAGACGUUUUCAAAUGACAAAAUCUGAAAAUGAGGUUUUCUUCCUCUUCUGAUAAAAAUCACAGUCUUGUUUGGUGAGGUUUCCACUUAUGGUCCUAAGUGGAAAUUCUAAAGACUCUACCUGGACAAUCAUGCUAUGGCUUAGAUUUAACCUGAAUUUGAGAGGGUCUUCAGUACAGUAUAUUUGCAUAUAGGUUCUUUUGGUUUCUCAGACAGGUAGUCAUAACUGUAGAUAAUGAUGGUAUUUUUAUUUCUAUUUUAGUGGUUUCUUUACAGAAAUGAGUAUGAUGUCCAGCACAAUAGUGAAAGUAGUAAAAACAUAUUUUUCUUUAGAAUUAUAAUGAGGUAUGCUCUCCACCAUACUGAUUUGCUUUAUUAGAUAGUUUUUUUAAUAUCUGGAUUUUGCUUAUUCAUUUUAUAGUAUUUCUUUAAUUGUGAAGUAAAAUUAUCCUUGGAUUUAUUGUUUUCCUUAUAUCCUCUGACCAUACUCAUUUUCUGGUCCAUAAUACCUAAUAAAUACUGGAAUGAGUAAAAGGACUCUAAAGUAAAGGCAGUCAUUUAUUAAUAAUGAUUAUAUACAGUUGUCUGAUGUUAACCUUAAAUUCCUAGAUAUAUUUAAUGUGGACAUUAAGGAUCAUUUUUGUUUUGUGUGAUUGCUGGGGAUCAAACAAUCCCAGGAGUAUGCAAGCACUCUCCACUGAGCUACAAUUUUGAACCAAAUGGUUCACUUUUACUAUUUAGUGUUGAUUAUGUUUAUUCACAUAAAGAUUUUCAUAGAUAUUCUUGAGUAAUAAUGGCAUAUAAAUUUUUCUUAUGGAAGAAGAGUAGGGAUAGGUAGAGUGCCUGUUUAGCAAUGUACAAGACCCUGGUUUCAAUCUUCAGUACUACCAAAACAAAAUUUUAAAAUGAAUUGACUGGUUUUUAGCUGUAGAUUAGAACAGUGUCAUAUACUACAGUGAAGUGUAUUCCUCACUAAAUUCUUAACCUGUUCAGUUAUACUGAUCUAGAAUAAUUGAUGAUGUUUGGGGUACUUUUAUCUUAAACUGUUUGGUAUCUUUUAUGUUUAUAGGACACUUAAUAUUUACAAUAUCAUUAAAUUUUUGAGUAUAUUUUUCUAGGCAUGCUUUCAUUUUCACAUGAAACAAAAUUUAUUUUUUCUUAUAUUCUAAUAUUUCCUGGUUGUAUAAUUGAGUUUAAUUUGGGCUGGUCUUGCAUUCUGCAUUUAUUUCUCCUUGUAUUUACAUUGAGUUAAUCUUGAAAGUAUCUGGUAUUGUUUUGGAGAGUAUCUAUUUCAAAAACAGUGUGUUGCCACACACUGUGAUCUUAGGGAUUCCAAGGCAAGGCAGGAGGGUCACAGACUUAAGGGUAGCCUGAGACUGGGCUACUUUGUGAGAAAGUGUCUUAAAAAAACAAAAACAAAAAUAAAAUAAAACAAAAAGAAACAAAUGAGCCUGAAGGUGGAAUUGGGUCUGGUAAAUGAUUUGGAAAGGAAAAAAACUGUCUUGAAAUAUUGAAAUUUUCUGAUAUAGUUUUUAUUCCAUUGACUCUGGUAGGUACUUACACACACACACACACACACACACACACACACACACACAUAUAUAUGUAUAAGCUUUCUUUUUGUAUCCUUAGUUCAAACAUUUUGGGGGGGGUGCUAGGAUUCAAACUUAGGGCUUUACAUAUGCUAACACUGACUUGUAACCCAGCUGUAGAUGUGUCUUUUAUACAUACUUUAGUUGGAGUUUUAAAAUUCUGAAUACUUGAAAAAUCCUAAUUAACAAUUCUUUUAGGCCAUUAUGUAUAAUGCAAUUAGUAACAGAAUUGGAUUUUUUUCUGUAUUUGUUGCAUGUUCCUUCUCUCUGUAAUGUUUCUACUGAAAUUUUACCCAAUGCUUGAAAUUUAUGUACUGCAUUUACUUUUAUUUUAGUUGCUAUUCUAAAACAUUAAAUCCAGUUUUAAAAUAAAA